AACCAGCUCUUAUAUCAGGUUAACCGCCCAUAUUUGUGAAUGAAUACAUAGAUGCAGUUGAUUUGUCUCCCUCUGUCCGCCGUAGUGAGGUUUGUCUCGUAAAAGUGGCUCGGAAGCAGGCGUUAAACUCCUCCUCCGGGCUUUUCCUCUCUGUAAAACCAGCGCGUCCAUUGAGCGCCAAUGAGAAGGUGGAACAACAGGUAGGCGUCUUGGAGCUGCUGCGUCCCUCGUCUCAGUUGGUGCUUUAUUGGGAAACAAGUGGACCGAGCAGACCAUGGGCUCUGUUGGAAAUGAGACCUGAGACAGAUCUUUCUUAAUGCUCUCAAACUGCUUCUUUCGAGGUAUUUUUUUUUUUGUGUGUGUGACUUUCGGGCUCCUUUGGCUGGGAAACUCCACAGACGCACACCGAAAGGUUGUCUGAUUAAUUAAUUAAAGGAGACAUCUCAAUGUGGACACACUGCUGAAGGCUCCCAUCGUGUCAUCACUGUUGAACUCUGUUCCUCUGGGAUAAGGAGGACACGCUGAGACACAGCUGAUCCGACGAGGUCAGACACUCCCUGACCCAGAUUCCCUCUGCAGGAGGACAUGGAGGUCCUGCGGAGGUCCUCUGUGUUUGCUGCAGAGGUCUUGGAUGUGUUUGACCGGUCGUUGACUGAGAAGGAGCUGGUGUCCCAGUCCAAAGCCUUGUGUAGAGACUACAUACUGUCCAGGCUCAACCAGAAUGGACUGGGAUGGUCCAAAAGUGAACUCAACCUCUCUCCUUCAAAUGCAGCGCUCAGCGAGGUGUCUCUAGUUCUUCUCUGUCUCGGCGACGAACUGGAGUCUAUACAGCCCAGUUUGUACAGGAAUGUGGCACGGCAACUCAACAUCGCUGUUGCCAUGGAGAGCAUGGUUUCAGAUGCCUUCAUCGGCGUGGCAACAGAGAUCUUCUCAACAGGUAUAACAUGGGGUAAGGUGGUCUCUCUGUAUGCAGUAGCCGGAGCCCUGGCAGUGGAUUGUGUCAGACACGGUCAUCCAACCAGCAUUCACAUCUUAGUGGACAGUCUGGGCCAGUUUGUCCGCAAGUUUCUAGUUCCCUGGCUAAAGAGACGGGGAGGAUGGGCUGAGAUCACGAAAUGUGUGGUGAAGCAGGAUCUCACCCCUGAACACCACUGGCUGUCCUCUGCCAUCGAGUCCCUGAAGUACUUCCUCACUACAAUGUACGUCUACAUCAUGAAGGAACCAUGAACAUCUGAGACCGAGCGCACAGGGGUCGUCAUCAUCGCUGUUGUUGGAUACGAGAUUGAAAUCUCAGACUUAUCAAUAAUCGAUGGAGUGGAAGUGGUCGACUGAGCCUGCCAGCAGAUAUCAGUCUGUCGCUGAAUGGCCAUCAACAAAUGUUUCAUCAGCAUCAUGUUUGCGUGAUCACAUAAGUCUUUAAGUGAUUACCCUUCAUCCAAAGAGUAGUCACGCUGAUAUUUACGAACAUAAAUGGCAACGGAGCAAGUUGUGUCCACUCCACCUCUGCUACAUAUUUUCACACUGCUUACACCAGUGCAGUAAACCAGGCUUCUGCAGUGUUGUGACUGUAAUGUAUGACGGUGUUCAGGUUGAAUGUGUGGCUGUUUGCACUCCUGAGAUAAACUGUUUGAUGCUUUUAUGUGACGUUUGUCUCAGAAAAUAUCCCUGGAGUGAUGAGUAAUGAAAGUGAAAGCCACGUGUGUGAUGAAAAUUGAUGCUCAGCUGGCUGGGUCUUUAGUUUUUUUGAGUUCUGAGUCUGAAUCAGAUGAAAGAGUGACGUCAGGGGGUAUGAACUGCUUACACUUCAUGGUUUGAUUCACACUAUUGUACUUUACCAAAGCACGAACAGUGUCUUUUUCCAAAAUGUUGUGACUUAUUGAACUUUCUGCUGCAGUUUUAGACACUGUUGAUCAAAAAAAUGUUUCAUUUUCCCAUUUUUGGCCAAAGACCUUAAGGACCUAUAGAAGGAGUUGAAUGUGCUGCAUCCACACAUUUUGGUGGUAUCGAUUUCCUUUUAAAAUCUGUAAAUAGUUUAUUUCUGAUUUUUAUUUUUUUAUUUUGAUUACCAAUUGAAGCCACUGCAGUAUAAAGACCACCGCUUCGACAGCUCGUCAGGAUGAAUGUACGGUAUACUUGAUGGUUGUCACUUUCACAGUGUUAAUUUAUAAAUGUGUGUGUGAACGUUUUUAAAGAAAAAUCUAAUAAACUGAAGAAUCUUCA